AAUAGCUGUUUGUUGGAUUAUUCUAAGACAUUUUUCAGCGGGCACACAGCAAGACAGAAACACAAGCUGAGUCGAUCAUUGAUGCAAAUUCUAAAGAGCCGGCUGACAUCUGUCUCAAUUUCACAAGGAAUACAUGAAAAGAAAACUAAUGACAAUUAUGUUGCAUUAGAAAGUACCCGUGAACAAUAGGACUUUUAGAGAAAUUACCAACUACUCAAGAUCUCCGUAGUCCUCUAAUUCCGUGGUCCUAAUUCCCCCACUUUCUCUUCAAGUAUAAUGGUGUCACGUAACCAAAGCACGCGCGUAAAAGCCUGUUUAACUGUUUGUAACUUCUCUUCGAAUUCCACUGUCCUGGGUCCACGGAAGAGUUCGGUUUCUCUGGAGAUUUUUCCCUCCCAUGGUGACUCGCCUAGUGUUUGGUUUCCUCGCCUUGCUUGGCCUCCUGAUCGUCGCGGCUAAUGUCACCGUGUUUUUCCUGUUCUGGCGAAGGUCCUCUUUGCGUGUCAAGGCUAACUAUAUACUGGCCAGCUUGGCGUUCUCUGAUUGUAUGUCCGGCUUGCUGGCGAUUCCCCUGUUGAUAGCAUGCAGUUCCAUGAGCGUGUAUGAUGAGGUUGUAUGCGUAGGAAUGAGGUUUCUUGCUAUCUCGACUAUUCUCCACCUAACAACCGCAUUGCGGGAGCGUUAUUUCAAGAUCGUCAACUCGUUCAGACAUCGUAGCGUCGUUACAAAGUGCCGUGUGGUUAUAGUGGUGGUGCUUAUCUGGCUGUUGGCGCUAAUAAGCGCAUUAGCACAAACGACAUGGAGCAACCACCCAAGAGCGAGCGAGAUCUAUCUCACCUAUGACAUAACAGUGCUUGUUGUCCUUGUAGUUUUGCCGUUCAUUUCGAUCAUGGUGGCUUACACGAGUAUGUUUUUGAUAAUAAAGAGAGGAAAGAUGCGACGGAAGAAACUUUCCGGACACCAUGCCGUCUGUCUUCCUUCCUCGAACAAAAAAUACAAACAAAACGAGCGGAAAGCGGUCACUGUGUACUUCGUAAUGGCGCUGUGUUUUGCCGUUGGGUGGUUCCCAUACUUCGUUCUAACAAUCUUAGAUGACUUAAAAUUCGAAAUCGACAUUCCGUUCUGGCUUACCGUUAUGUUUCUCUAUUUGAAGUAUGCAACAUCAUUAGUGGAUCCUUUGCUUUUUACCUUCUUUAAGGAAGAUUUCCAGCGCGCGCUCAAAUCGCUUCGCCGUCGAUGAAUGGGUCUCGGACUUUCAGUUUACCCGAUUCUGUCUUCAAGACAACAAACACCAAGCGUCAUGACAAGAAAAUACUACUUAGCUCUUCACCAAGUAGCGAUCACAAGAAGGUAACAGUUUUGUAGUUCUUUGAACGCGAACGCACGCUCCGGAGCUCCGUACAAAGAAAAAAAAAACAGUCAGGUCCAGAAGAAUGUUUAUAAUACAAAUGCUAAAAUACAACCCCCUUUAAGGCGCAAUUCCGAGUUUAGAACAGUAUGAAGCGAUAAAAACAGAUAAAUAGUCGAUCGAUCGAGGGAAAAAUAAACCAAAACUGGUUAUCGAUCUAAUCGUAAAUAAUUGAUACAUAAUGAUUUACACGGAAUGCCUUGCACAGCGCUGGUUCUGAAGUGUGACAAUUUACAAACAAGAUGUCAUUGAUCCUUUAAAAAGAAAAAUGAUGCUAAAUUAUGCUAUCGCUAUUGUACUUUGCCUUCUAUGAUUCAUUAAACGUCUAAAAUUUAAA